UUUUCAUUCCUCUCUCCAUCACUUGGCGCCUGUGUUUCCUCGGAGUUUUCUAAAUACUUUGCACUGCCGGUCGGUCUCGCAUUUUUUUGCAUUAUUUUCCCAUUACAGCAUCGUUCGAUAGUCCUCCCGUGGCCAUCUUCCAACUUUGCGUCUACCUCUCCAUUUUUGAGUGCUUUUCGCAGUCGCAUACUUCCGAACCAUUUCCGACCUACCCGUUCUUUCACCUCACAACGACAAUGGGAAAGUUCGGAAACGCUAUUAAGGCCGGCCAGAGUGCCGUUGAGCUCGGCCGCAACGUGCAGGGGCUCGCCGGCGCCGCCUCCGAGUUUCGUAACGCGGACAAGGCAGAAAUGGGUCGCCAAGCCGGACGCGGUGUCUUCAACGAGGGCGCUGCAACGGGCAAGACCAUGGGGAAAACAUGGCUCAAGACAUUCGAAGUCGUACCCCGCCUAGUCUGCCGCGGUCUCCAAUUUCUCUUCGCUCUCAUCGCCUGCGGCUUCUACGGCAACCGUGUCGACGCUGACCGCAAGGCAAACGAUGGCUUCUCGCCAGAGUGGAUCUUUGCCAUCGCCGUGGCAGGAGCUUCAGCUAUUACGGCUGUUCUCUUCGUCGCUGCCACACCGCUCGGCGCUAUUCCCUAUGUUGGCAGCAGAAUCAAGAUCUUCAAGACCUACCGUGCUUUCGCUUGGGACUUCGUCCUUUUCGUUUCUUGGAUCGUGGUGUUUGGCAUUUUUGCAGCAAUUUUCCUUCACAGGGAGAGCGACAACUCAUACAAAGGCAGCAAGACGAGCUUGAUGAAGGUUGCAGUCUGGAUCGACUUGGUAAAUGCAAUCUUUUGGUUCGUUUCUGGUGUUUACGGCUGCAUCAAGACAUUUUUAGGAGACAAGACGGACGCAAUGACCGACAAAAUUGGCCAGAAGUUGUUUGAGAAGAAGAAAGCUAAGGAAGUGCCAGCCAAGGAGGCGGGCUACGCUGAGAGCGUAUAA